AUGGCGCCCCCAACGUCCCUCCCUUUCACAGAGGACUUCCAAGACGCGGACUCCUACAUCUCCUCCCUCCUCUCCUUCUGCGCCGCAUCAACCAUCUUCCAAACCCUCUGCGGCGGCGUUCAUAUCCUCGACUUCUUCACCCGCGACCCGAGCCUCUACCACACCGUCAUUCCCCAAGAAUGGCGCUCCUGGCUGCUGGCACGUGAGUCAAUGGACCUCCUCGAUCUUCUCAUGCGUGAUGAUCUCUCUGAACCUCGCACCGAUGACCCACCGGAAAGCCUGCUCAAAUAUAUCAGAGAAAUCAGGAAACAUUCUCUUCGCCGAAAUUUACCACCGAGAAAUGGAAAAGAGAGGAAGCUGCCGAGACAUGUGGCGGUAGGCAUGAUUCCCAAGAAGAUCCACGAGGUAGGGAAUUUCGCAGAUUAUGUGGUUCGCGUUGCGGACGAUGUGUCUGCCAGUUCUGGGAAAGAGAUCACGCAUUUCGUUGAUUUUGGGAGUGGGCAGAAUUACCUAGGACGGACGUUGGCGAGUCCACCGUAUAAUAAGCACAUUAUUGCCGUGGAGAGCAAGGAGCUUAAUAUUAAUGGAGCAAAGAGCAUGGAUGUUCUUGCUGGUGUUGCGGAAAGAGAGAAGGUGAUGAGGAAUAAGAAGUUGUUUCGAAAGCAGCAGGACAGUAUGACGCCUGUGGAGUUGUUGAAGGAUAAAGCUGCAAGGAGAAUUGCGAAGCCAUUGAAGGCGCCGGAGGAGGGGGCCGCGGAUUUGAGACCCAGUAAGGAUUUGGCUACUAUUUAUACGCCGGCUGACGGGAAGGGAUAUAUCCAGUAUGUGGAGAAUAUUGUUCAGGAUGGCGAUUUGUCGAGUGUGAGAGCUCAGCCGAAGGCCGAAGUCAUUGAUGAGAUGUCUAGGGACGAGCAGAUUCGUUUGAUGGCGAUCUCUAUUCAUUCCUGUGGCAACCUAUCUCAUCACGGGAUUCGCUCUCUCCUUCUCAAUCCUUCAGUCCACGCCAUUGCGAUCGUGGGAUGCUGCUAUAACCUCAUGACCGAGCGACUCGGGCCGCCGACGUACAAGUUACCUCUCCUGCGACAGAAUCUGCGAGCAAUCAAUGCCCCACGCGUCACUCGAGAAGCAGCGGCCUGUGAUCCCCACGGCUUCCCAAUGAGCGAGCGCAUAGGCACGUACAAUGGCGACGGUCUGAGGCUGAAUAUCACAGCACGGAUGAUGGCUGUUCAGGCUCCACAAAAUUGGACAGAAAAAGAAAGCGAUGCUUUUUUCACACGGCAUUUCUAUCGGGCUCUGCUGCAGAAGGUCUUCUUUGAUUAUGGAGUUGUGACAAAGAUGAGGCAAAAUGCCGAUGGAGAGCAGGAGAACGGGUUCGAAAGCACGGAGCCGGUCAUCAUUGGGUCCCUGAGGAAGGGGUGUUACAGUUCUUUCAAAUCAUAUGUUCGUGGAGCGUUAGAGAAGUUAAGUACAGACCCGGAACGAGGUACGAGGGUUCAUGAGAAGAUGGGAGGUAUCACGGAUGAGGCAAUUGAGGAGUAUGCGCAGCGAUAUGAGGGCAUGAAAAAGGAGCUCAGCGUCACGUGGUCGUUGAUGGCGUUCAGUGCUGCAGUGGUGGAAAGUCUGAUUGUGGUUGAUCGAUGGCUAUUUCUGAGGGAGCACCCGGACUUAGUGAAGGAAUGCUGGGUCGAAGCUGUGUUUGAUUACCAGCAGAGUCCGAGGAACUUGGUUGUGGUUGGGAUCAAGCGAUGA